UGACACGUGCAGAGUCUGCAUUUCACAUUCACUAUAUAUGUAACAGGUUUGAGUCUUCAAAGAGCUGGAUGGAUCAUACAGGGACUAGGCACAGGGCAGGAGAAGCAGCCAACAUGGGGAAGAUUAUCUUCUAUGAGGACAACAACUUCUCUGGGCACCAUUUUGAGUGCUGUAAUGACUGUGAGGACUUGUUAAGCCGACUCAGCCGCUGCAACUCAAUCAAGGUGGAGAGUGGUUGCUUCAUGAUCUAUGAAAAACCCAAUUACUCUGGUAACCAGUACUACCUGAAGAGAGGAGAGUAUCCGGACUUCCAUCACUGGAUGGGCGUCAACGAGUCUGUCAGCUCCUGUCGUUACAUCCCUACGGAGCCUGGGACGUUCAACAUGCGCCUGUAUGAGCGGAUCGAGUUUGGGGGUCAGGUGAUGGACCUUGUGGAUGACUGUCCCAGUGUCAUGGAUCGCUUCCACGUUAAUGACAUCUUCUCCUGCAACGUGAAAAAUGGCAACUGGCUCUUCUAUGAGCACCCCAACUACAGGGGCAGGAUGUACCUGAUAAGGCCUGGAGAGUAUAAGAGGUUCAGUGAGUGGGGUGGCAGGAGUGCCAGAGUCGGAUCCAUCAAACGCAUCAUGGACUAUUGACCACUUUUGGUAGUUGCCAGAAGUCUUCAUACUCAGAUAAUUAUGCUUGCAACACUAAAGAAAGAGACAGAAAACAGUUUUUGUCACUUAGUCAAACUACUACUGUCCUGCAUCAGAACAUUCCCUCAUGUAAAGCUUGGGCUCACCAUUGGACUCACCAUUGUAAUAAAGCAAUUGCAAAAUGGAGUCGUCAUAGUCCAUUCAGUUGUGAGGAGGACGUCAUUUAUCAAAGCAUGAUUUGUUAGUACUGUAAUGUUUCGAACAAACAGAUUAGUCCAUGGUGGAAACCUGAUCUGAGUAAGUCCU